AUGGCGCUGCAACUUACCGGACGUCCCUCAAUCGUACCCGCGGUCCAAGAAGUCCCCAGUCCUGCCUCUAGCACAGAUUCCCUGGACACUCGAGGCGAGGACGAGGAAGGCCAGCAGCAGCAGAUCGUCUCUCGGAGUGAGCGUCAAGGAGGAAGAUAUCGAAAUGCUCAUGCGCCUCUAGCUGCUACAGCGGGAACUGCUACGACGAAAAGUCGUUCGGGCAGGACGAAGCGAUCUCCGAGUCGGUUGCCGUUGCGGACGGUGUUCAGGAAUAGUACUGAGGUCGUCGACGUAUUUGUCGGUGGUGGAACGGCCUUGAUGACUUCGCCCACGUCGGAGAAAAGUGGAAAUGGUGGUUCAAAAUCCUCGCCUAUGACCUACACCGUACACAAGGAGCUCCUCACAUCUGCCUCGCCGUUCUUCGCCGCCGCGCUGAAUGGGACUUUUGCCGAAGGCCUGGAACAAGCUGUCAAGCUUCCGGAGGAGAAGCCCGAGAUCUUCGAAUGGUUCCUGCAAUGGCUGUACACCGGCUCCCUGAGCGUAGCGGGCGAAUCCGGCGGGUUCACUACAGGCUGGGGUAGUGGUGGCGCGCAUGCCCAUGCUCAAUCUCACGACCACAGCCAUCAGUCCGCCCACCAUCCCUACCAACAGACCCGCACCAUCCGCGACGACAUCGACGCCCAACUCCGCACAGACGGCGACCUCCGCAACCACGCCGGAAGCCCCAAAUACUUCCUCCUCAUGGACCUCUACGCCCUCUCGGACCGGCUCCUAACAACCCAACUAAGCAACCACAUCCUCAGCACCCUCGCCCGCCUCUCGGAAACCACAAACUCCGUGCCCACACCAAGCGAUACCUUCAUCCUCUACGACAGUAUCCGAGACACCUCCCCUUUACGAACUCUAAUCCUCGACCUCUUCGCCUACAAAAAAACCGACAAGUUACUCGAGACGCACAAAGAUGACUGGCACCCGCGUUUCCUCCGCGAACUAGUCGUGAAGUUGAAACGACCCGGUGCCGGGACCGAGACGGUGGAGAGACAUGAUUUGCAGGCCUGGAGGCCGGAACAGUGGAGUGCGACGAGGGCGUGUGAGAGGUGUAGGGAGGUGGUGAAGCCGGGAAUGAGUUGCGAUAAAUGUGUCGAGUGUGGGAAGGUGUUUUGUGGGGGGUGUUUGAGGCGGUGUGGCGGGGUUGGUGGGCAGGGGCAAGGGCCGGUGGGUGUGGGCACGGCGGGGUGGGGAUGGGGCGGGUUGGAUACGGGGGGGUGUAAACCUUGGAUGGGACGGGGGCUUUGUGGGAGGUAUCAUGAGCAUACGGAGGGGGAGGGAUGUUGUUGA